UCGAACCAGUUUAAUCAGCAUGAAGUGCUUGAUUUCGGUUUUCUUUAUUAUGGGAAUGCUCGUAUAUGCAUCGUCUCUCCUAUGCUACUCAUGUUCCAGCGAGGAUGGCACUUGCAACGGUGAACGGUUGAUCGAAUGUGACGCCCUCAGUGCUGCACUCGGAAUGGCGAUGCUGGUAGGGUUGAAACCAGCAUUCCAGAUCGUCCCGAGUGCCACCUACAAAUGCUACGAGCUGGUGGCCAUACAGCAGCAAACCGAAGUGGUUUUCAAGUCCUGUAUUUACAAUUUGACAGAUGUUUGCGAAGGAAGUAUUCUAAAUGCCACGCAGAAGGAGUGCUACACGUGCACGGAAGACAGGUGCAACGGUUCUGGCCAGGUUAAAAUGGCCAGCGUUUUGGGCAUAGCCGGACUUGUUGUGAUUUUUUGGAUGGCCUGA